AUGGAGCAGAAGUGUACUGAUCUAUCAGAGAGAGACGAGUUUGUGGGUCUGUCAGCUGUUUGUGUGGAGUUGUUCUUUGUGUUCACCUCAAACCAACCUGAGUGUCAUUUCUCUUUAGUUCUGAUCUCACUGCUGAGCUGCACAACAAACCAAGCUCGUCUGACUGUGAGUCCCAGCAGCUCUCAGUUCUUUGAAGGAGACUUUGUGUCUCUGAGCUGUGAGGAGGACGACAGCUCUGCUGGAUGGACUCUGAGGAGGAACACAAGCAAACGACAGAGGACUCAGUGUGGAGAUGGGUUUGGAAGAUGGUCUGGUUCUUCCUGUAACAUCAGCUACAUCCACAAAUGGCACAGUGGAGUUUACUGGUGUGAGUCCAGAGAGGGUGCCAUCAGUAACAUGGUUAAUCUCACAGUCUCUGGUGGAUCAGUGAUCCUGCAGAGUCCUGUCCUCCCUGUGAUGGAGGGAGAUGACGUCACUCUGCUCUGUCAAACAAAGACCACUCCCUCCAACCUCCCAGCUGCUUUCUAUAAAGAUGGCUCCCUCAUCAGGAAGCAGCCUACAGGUCACAUGACCAUCCAGCAUGUUUCCAGGUCUGAUGAAGGCCUCUACAAGUGUGACAUCAGCGGUCAUGGAGAGUCUCCAUCCAGCUGGAUCACUGUCACAGAGAGACACACCACCACACCUCCACCUACAUCCACACCUCCACCUACAUCCACCUCUCCUGCUGUUCUCUCUGUGAUCUCCUCUGUUGGAUCAGUCUGUGUUGUGGUUCUACUGGUGUUACUGGUUCUGCUGGAGAGACGAUGUGUUCACAGGAAACCUGAAGACAGAGAUUCAGCUGCAGUCGACUCAGCAGUGAGAAAUGAAGACGUCACUUACAGUCAAAUUAUCAAAGACAAGAAAACCAAAGCAAAGAUGAGAGACACUGAUUCAGCUGCAGUCUACUCAGCAGUGACAACUGAAGACGUCAGUUAUGGACCAACAACCAUCAGAUCAAGGAGGCCCAGACUUUAAACCAGAGCCAGACGUCGUCUACUCUUCACUGAAGUAUCCACCAGUCCAACCACUGACGUCCAGCUGCUGCUCUCUGACUGCUCCCAGCACCUCACAGACCAUCCAUGUGUUUCAUGUUUUAUGUGCUUCAUUUUAUUUGUUUCACUCAUUUAGACACAGGAUUAGGAUUAGGAUUCAAAAAUGACAUAAUCUUAACUGGAGUGAUGUCAGUGCUUAAAAUCAACAAUAAGAAUAAAAAUGUGUUUUAUGUCCACAGUAAGUUCACUGUUGUUUAUACUUCAUCCCUGAGUUUGGUGCCUUGCUCGUGUUCCUAUGGCAGUGAUUUAGUUUCCCUGCAGGAUUAAUAAGUAUUUGUUCUUGUUUUUCUCAUGUGGUUCUGUGAGUUUCACCAAAGUAUCAGAUGGAAAGAAAACAAAAGCUUGUUGGGUUGUGGUUAAGUGAUGCACAUUUGUAUCAGUGCUGAAAGCAAAGAACAGACAGCAGCAGUGUGUCAGUGGCUGUUAACUGCACAAACAGCUGCAGCACAGAGUGCAGGCAGGGUCAUAACCUGGGUUCACAAAUGAGUGAGGAGCAGAUUUAUUUCUCUUAAUGCAUCAAAUUUAAGGUGCAGCACAUGAAAAAAAACUAGAUAACAAAAAUACAGAGUUAGCUUGACUUUGCUGUUUGUUGGUCUCUUUGUGUUUCUUUCUGCAGGUGAGAUUUAGCUCUUAGAAACUGGAUGUGUUCCUCUGAGAUAAAGACUAAUGAGGAGGAUCAGCCUGAUGUAUCAAUACUUCCCAAACAAUCAGUUUCAUUCACUACGUCAGUGUGUGUGAAGGUGAUACUAGUUUGGAUGGAGCCUGUGUGGACUUAACCACUUGUUGUUCUGCCCAGACUCACUGCAGAGACAGACAAGUGUAAUGUGUGUGUCAGUGUGAGGGGAUUCAGUGUCUCAUCAUGAGAGGGCUGAUCUUCUAUAUCAUGUUGAUCUGAUAUCAGCUGGCCUUCAGAAUGUUUUUCUUAGUGUGGGUAAAAUUAUUGUAAUUGAUAAUGAGACCUAAUCAGACUCAUGUAAACAAUUAUUUUAAACUUCUCGUGCACUUCUCCUCUGCUGUUAUGAAGUAACAGUGACGUAAUGAGGAGGUCUUAAAGGAUGAAUGUUUUGAAGAAACUGAGUUUUCCA